UAAGGUCAGCUGUCCAAGGGCCUCCUCUCGCUGGCUUGGCCCUUCCCCUCCAGGCCAGCCCACCACAGGUAGAUCUGGAGCAGCCCCAGGUCUACCUGCCGCGCCAGGUGGGUGGAGUGUGAGCUGAGGACUCUCCCUGUCUUGGACUCUGCACCCUUAGGUGCCUCGGUCUUGCCUCUCGGCAGAGCGUCUGUCCUUUGCGCUGCCAUGGAAGAGGGCAGAGCCCCAUCGCCCCGGGAAGAGCUGGAGCUCUCGACGCUGGAGCUGGAGAGGGAGCAGGAAGAACAGACGCCUCUCAGAGUCCAGAUUCAGCCUUCCUCCGCCGAGAGACCUAGCCCAGCCCAGACAGACAAGGAAAGUCCCUGGAGUCCCUGUAACAAGACGGUGUUUGGACGAUGUAAACUGUGGAUGGUCAUUGUCACCAUUUUUCUGUGUUUUGUCGUAGUGAUCACUAUAAGCUUAUGCCUUAUAGGAGUAACUUACAUCGAUGAAGAUGAGAAUGAAAUGCCUGAAUUAUCGUCAAACAAAACAUUCUUUGUCAUGCUCAAGAUUCCAGAGGAGUGUGCUAAUGAAGAGGACUUGCCUCACUUGCUCACUAAAAGGCUCACCGACGUAUAUACACAGUCACCGUCGCUGAGUCGUUAUUUCACCUCUGCUGACAUCGUGGACUUCAGCGUUGAAAACGCCACGGUAACCUACCACUUGCAGUUCGGAGUUCCAGCUGAGGAUGAUGGCUUCAUGGAGUUCAUGAUGAGUGAAGAGCUGGUGCUUGGCAUUGUGCGACAGAAUUUCCACGAUAAGAAUCUGUCUAGUUGUGAGAGUCUCGGGCAGGACCCAGAAUCUCUCUUGCUCUAUGAAUGAAGUGGUGGAGGUUGGUCUGUGUCAGAAAGCAAUGCUCUGCAGUUUCAGAAGGAAGAGAAUUCAAAAACCUAUCUUGCAGUGACCAGCGGGGGAGACAGUCCAUCUUGUAGUGACCAGCAGGAGGAGACAGUCCUCCCACUCAUGCUGCACAGAUAGGGAGCCUGGCUCCAUUUGCUGAAUUCGUGAGAGCUGUCCCAGCUGGAUUCAGGAGCUAGAUGAGGUCUGGGGCGAACCAAAGAUCCACAACCCAAGAUUCCUGCUGCCUUUGAAGCACUGGCUGCCUCUGCUCGAGCAUGGAUGCUUUUCCUACAGUCCAAGCAGAGUACCUGGCUGUUAACCUGUGUUAAUGGGGCAAGGUGAAAGCAAGUAGUCAGGGGACGGGGAACCAAGUCAAUCGUUCUCAUUCAAGCCCUCUCUCCACUCACAAUUAUAUUUGAUAGACCUCUAAGCAAAGGAUGGGAGGAACAGGAAGGUGCCUCUAAGACCUACGGACCAUAACUCUUCGUCUACCUCCACCACCUAUACCUAGGUGUCUGAACAACUGAGCUCAGCCACAUCACUGAGUGUUACAUACAG